UUUAGUGAAGACGUGUUCAUGAUGACUUACUGACAUAAAGAGUUUCUGAUCUACCUGCUGAUUCAACAGAGAGGAGCAGCUAUGAGUUCAACAGCAGCAGCCAGUGGAUUUGUCGUCUUCCUUCUCUCUGUACAAGUGAUACAGAGUGAGGAUGGCUGGGGAGUGACUUACACUCCUACUGAGGUCUGUGCUGUAGAAGGAUCAACAGUGGAAAUACACUGCACCUACACAUACCCAUCUAGAAUACAGCACCGUGAUAUCAAGGAAGCAUUCUGGUUCAAACAGAAAGGUGGUGAACCUGUGGAUCUGAAAACAGACUCUGAGUAUUCAGGUUGUGUGCAGUACAGAUGUGAUGAGAAGAAGUGCACCCUGAUUAUUACAAACGUGAUAAAGAGUGACUCAGCUGAGUACAAGUUCAGGUUCAGGACAAACAAACAAUAUGAGAAAUAUUCUGAUUCACCUGGAGUCUUCUUGUCUUUGACAGAUCCAGGUCUCCAGGUGAAGGUGAGCAGAUCAGAUCUUACCUGGUCGUUGCUGGAGUGUCACAGCAGUUAUGUUCUGCCUGAUAAUCCUUCCUACAUCUGGUACAAGAAUGGACAGCACAUCGAGACAGGAUCAUCUUCUUAUUAUUCAGUCUACUUUGGUUCUGCAGACAGCUACUCCUGUGCUGUAAGAGGAUCUGAGAAUCACUGUUCUCCUCCAGUGUAUGCUCCAAAGCUUCCCUCUGUGUCAGUGAGUCCCUCUGAUGAGAUAGUGGAGGGCAGUUCAGUGACUCUGACCUGUAGCAGUGAUGCUAACCCAGCAGCUAACUACACCUGGUACAAGAGGAACCAAUCACUGCUCAGUAAAAAGCCUCAGCUGGUCUUCAGCUCCAUCCAGUCCUCUGACUCUGGACAGUAUUACUGCACAGCUGAGAACCAGCUGGGGACGAAGACAUCUGAAUACAUCUCUAUUAAUGUGACAUAUGCUCCAAAGCUUCCCUCUGUGUCAGUGAGUCCCUCUGAUGAGAUAGUGGAGGGCAGUUCAGUGACUCUGACCUGUAGCAGUGAUGCUAACCCAGCAGCUAAAUACACCUGGUACAAGGAGGAUGUAAAUCCAGACCCUCCUCCUCUCAGUAAAGAACCUCAGCUCGUCUUCAGCUCCAUCCAGUCCUCUGACUCUGGACAGUAUUACUGCACAGCUGAGAACCAGCUGGGGACGAAGACAUCUGAAUACAUCUCUAUUAAUGUGACAUAUGCUCCAAAGCUUCCCUCUGUGUCAGUGAGUCCCUCUGAUGAGAUAGUGGAGGGCAGUUCAGUGACUCUGACCUGUAGCAGUGAUGCUAACCCAGCAGCUAACUACACCUGGUACAAGGAGGGUGAAGACUCACCAAAAGCAUCAGGACAGAUCUUCACCAUCACUGACUUCAGAGCUGAACACAGUGGGAAUUAUUCCUGUGAAGCCCAGAACAACAGAGGACGCAGUAACUCCACCUUACAUCUGAUUACUGUGUCGGUUUCCCAAGGAUCAAUGACAACAGUAGCUGUUGGAUCAACUGUUGCUAUUUUACUGGCUAUCAUAAUCCUCGCUGCCUUCCUGUUGAUUAGAAGAAAGAGGUCCUCGACACAAACUAGUGAGCCUGGAGAGAGACCAGACAACGACGCUCAGAGUGCAACAGCGGAGCAGCAGGAAGAGCUUUGCUAUGCCAGCGUGAGCUUCUCUAGAAACCAGGAAGAGGUUCUCUACUCCAACGUCAGCUCAGCUCGGCCCCACAGACGCAAGGAGGAAGAGGAGGAUCUGGAGUACACAAGUGUCAAAUUUAAGAGUGCCAGUGCUACCAACGAUUUAACACAAAGAGAGAUGAGCGCAGGAGAUAUGAGAUUAAUAGCAGCCGUGAGUGGGUUUGUCAUCUUCCUGCUGUCUGCGUCAGUGAUUCAGGGUCUGAAUGACUGGGGGGUGACUUACUCUCACACUCAGAUCUGUGCCAUAAAAGGAUCAACGGUGGAAAUACACUGCAGCUAUACGUACCCAUCCAGAACAAAUUACGGUUACAGAACAGUUGAGAGGGCAUUCUGGAUUACUGACAGGUGGGAAGGACAACUGGUGGAUCUGAGAACAGACCCAGAGUAUGCAGGUCGAGUGCAGUACAGUUAUGACAACAACCAAUGCACUCUGAGAAUCAGCGACGUGAGAGAGAGCGAUCGGGCUGUGUACAAGUUCAGGUUCAUGACAAACCGACCAGACGUGAGAUAUACCGGUGAACCUGGAGUCACUUUGUCCGUCACAGGUUUACAGGUGCAGGUCAGCAAAACAAGUUCAUGGACAAGCAACUGUAAAUCGGUUAAACUUAAGUGUCACAGCAGUUGUUUAACUGACCAAACUUCCUACAUCUGGUACAAGGACAGAAAGAAGAUGAAAGAGUCAGGCCAGAACUCAUCAGGCUGCUUUUAUCGUGGAGAAAGCACAGCCUGUGCUGCAAGAGAACAUGAGGCCUCCCUGUCUCCGUCACUGUGUGUUUUUGAUACAAACUGCAACAGAGUGGCAUACGCUGACAGAAGAAUCUGUGCCUUCAAAGGCUCGUCUGUGGACAUUUCUUGCACAUAUAAUGAUUAUAAUUAUGUCAGAUAUAAAUUCUGGUUCAACCCUGAGCGUAAUCAUCGUUGGCAGUAUCACACACAACCUGAGGACCUCACAAAAGACUUUCACUAUAAAGGUCGUGUUCGGUUCCGUGCAGAAGAGGAAAGACGCUCCACUUUGACAAUCACUGACCUGAGAGAGAACGAUUCAGCCGAGUAUCACUUCAAAUUCACAACAGAAAGAUUUGAAUUGGGGAGCAGUUCACCUGGAACAACUCUGACCGUCACAGAUUCAGAUUUACAGGUGCAGGUGAUCUGGUCUUCAACGGGUCCAAGGCUGAUUUGUCACAGCAGCUGUCUUCCUAUCGCCCGUUUGUCAUUUGUUUGGUACAAGAAUAAAACAAAAAAGAUCCAGGGUGAAACAUCUACAUUUUACAGAGGAUACGUUGAUCCCGCCGACAGUUAUUCCUGUGCUUACCAGAGCUACCGCUCUCCUCCAGUGUAUGCUCCGACGGUUCCCUUACUGAAGGUUGGUUCCCCUGGUGAGAUCAUGAAGGACAAUUCAGUGACUCUGACCUGUAGCAGUGAUGCUAACCCAGAAGUUAAAUACACCUGGUACAAGGAGAACCAAUCACUGCUCAGUAAAGAACCUCAGCUCGUCUUCAGCUCCAUCCAGUCCUCUGACUCUGGACAGUAUUACUGCACAGCUGAGAACGAGCUGGGGAGGAAGACAUCUGAACACAUCUCUAUUAAUGUGACAUAUGCUCCAAAGCUUCCCUCUGUGUCAGUGAGUCCCUCUGAUGAGAUAGUGGAGGGCAGUUCAGUGACUCUGACCUGUAGCAGUGAUGCUAACCCAGCAGCUAACUACACCUGGUACAAGGAGAACCAGAUAAUACUUCAGGGACCAGAAAGCAUUCAUCAUUUCACCUCCAUCAGCUCUGAGGACAGCGGGAACUACCACUGCCAAUCUGAGAAUCACUACGGACGGGUCAAAUCUACGUCUGUCGCCUUAGACGUCCAGUAUGCUCCAAAGCUUCCCUCUGUGUCAGUGAGUCCCUCUGAUGAGAUAGUGGAGGGCAGUUCAGUGAAUCUGACCUGUAGCAGUGAUGCUAACCCAGCAGCUAACUACACCUGGUACAAGGAGGGUGAAGACUCACCAAAAGCAUCAGGACAGAUCUUCACCAUCACUGACUUCAGAGCUGAACACGGUGGGAUUUAUUACUGUGAAGCCCAGAACAACAGAGGACGUAGUAACUCCACGUUACAUCUGACCGUUUUGGCAGGAGCAUUGAAAUCAGCAGCCGCAGGGACAAUCACUGCUGUUCUUCUGGCAAUUGUGCUCCUUGCUGUCUUCCUAUGGAUGAGGAGAAAGAAGUCCUUCACACAGCAGUCUAGUGGUGGAGAGAGACCCAACAACAGAGCACAGCUAAACAUGGAUGUAGUGUAUGACGUCCCGCCUGCUCCAACAAUCAGACAACCAGAAGAUCAUCUCCUCUACUCCAGCGUCCGCUUCGCCCAGAAGCAGGAAGACGCCCUCUACUCCAACGUCAGGCCAGCUCGGGUCCACAUACGCACCCAGAAAGAGGACGAGGAGGAUGAGGUCGAAUACAUUAAUGUCAAAACUGACGAUGCCUGUAGGGCCCCGCUGUGAGCAGCACAUUUUAAUCUCUAUAUGAUUUUUUUAUUAAAAAUACACAUUAGGUUAGAAACUGGCAAUGUUUUAAUCCUCUGUUCACAGAACAAGAAGUCAAGAAGACGGGGAGGAUUCUUUAGCUCUGUAUAGCACAAUCAACAGAUGAACACAACAUGGAUCUGUAGUCUGCUAUUCAUGUUUUUUUUUUCAGGUAGCAACACUGAAGUUAGAAAUACUGUUAAAAUAAAAAAAAUAAAAAAACAUAGGUUUUCUAAAUACCUUUUUUGUGUUUGGUCAGUGUUUCUGUAACGUUUGCGUGACUCUUAUUGCAUGGGGGUUGAUAUAUUUCUGCACCUGCGUAGCUAAAUACCACUAAGGGGUUUUCCCUUUCUUUAUUAUAAUUUGGGUGAACUGAAACUUUGACUGCCACAACAAUACAUUAGCAUGCCACAAAACACAUAAUUCAUGUAUA